AUGGUCCUACGGGAGACGGGCGAACCGCUCGACAUCGUUAUGUCUUAUGCCAAUUUCACUCUGCAGAAUACCCGGCUGCUCACCGAAGCCCUGCCCCGUCUCGUGGCUGCCGGCGUCGACGUGGUACCCAACGCUUCCCCGUUGGGGAUGGGUCUGUUGCGUCGCUCUGGCGUACCAAUCGGUAGUAUGGGAGACUUCCACCCCGCCCCAGACGGGUUGAGAAGCGCAAUUCACCGCGCUGCGGAGUGGGCCGAUACUCAGGGCGAAAAGAUCGAGGUGAUUGCCAUCCGGUUCGCACUCGAGUCGUGGCUCCGCGAGGGCGCUAAAGUAGGUGCUUUGGGCCCGCCUCUUGCUCGGUCCGCGGACGCAGAUCCGGGCUUUCUCUCAGUUGUGAACCUGGGAACCGGCGAGCGACUCGGCGUCAGUGUGAUGGGUGUGAGCAACUUAGACGAACUGCACGAGACGCUCCGAGUUUGGCACAGUAUCAUCGAGGGUCUGGAGAACAAAGACGACGAAGAAGGCACCGAAACCGGCUAUACCCAAUCCAAUCCGGCCGCCGUCCCUUCAGCUCUCCAAGCGCCCACAAUUCUCACCCCCUCAGAGGGGAUCAUCACCGACCGCGCCUGGUCAGACUCCCGUCGUCACCGAAUCUUAUCCCUUGCCCAGGAAAUCCAGGCGAUCCUUGGCUCCGAAUGGGUGGACUUUGUCUGGCCAAGUCCUGGAACGGACUUCGUCAACACUUUGUCUGCCGAGCAUCUCGCCUUGAAAACGGAAUUGGCUGGACUCACUUCCGCAGGACAGGAAAAAGCAGCUCCGGCUACCAGGGAUGGUCAGACAAUGAUCACUCCGCCCUUGGAUGCAGUAGAUACGAAGAUACCCGUCGAUGCAGCCCCUUCGGAUGUUGCGUUGUAA